UCUGUCAGUAUUACUCUACAAAAACAUGUAAAAAGGGAGAUUUUGCUCUUUUUUUAACCAGGUAAUCACAAGAAAACAGUUAGCUCAGUAAAAGUGAAGAUGGAAAUUGAAGAAGAAAAAAACCAACUGAAGACAACGUUAGAAGGAGAGAAAACCAAAAAUCGAGCAGCAAAGUCCAAACUCAAAAAACGCUUUGGUCGACUGAAAGCAGAGCUGGAUUUCUGGGAAGCCAGAAGCCACGCAGUUCCUAUUACUGUGAAUGCUGACUGCCGAGUCCUGGAGCUCCAGGUGCCAGGGGCAUCCCCAAACGUGGAGAGCAACGUGUCUGAACCUGCUGGCCCGAACGCUCCCUCCACAGUCCCUGUCCUGGUGGGGAAGGAAGGGUUUGCAGCUGGGAAACACUACUGGGAGGUGGAGGUGGGCCAGCAGCCGGACUGGGUGGUGGGGGUGGUGAGGGAGAAAGGGAGACAGGAGGAGGACGGGACCCUUCCUGGGGAGGACUACUGGGCUCUGCACAGGUCCCAGGGAGAGAUUUUCUCUAGCGAAGGAGACCGCAGGAUUGAGAAGCAGCAGAUGAGUAAUUCAGUGAUUGGUGUGCUUCUCGACUUGGAGGAAGGGCAAGUGAACUUUUAUGAAGCAAAGCAGAUGGACAUCAUGGUGAGAAUGCCCCUAAGGCUCGGAAAGGAAUCUGCAGAAAAGUUUUACCCAUUUCUGUCCAAAAGGGAAGGGACACUUAGGCCUCUUAUCCACACGGUCUUAAUCCCUGUGCCUUUGGAGACACUGUAAAAGGAAAUUUUGAAUCAAAGUUCUCUGCCAAGAGGUCAGGGUUGAGAGGAGGAGAGACUAGAAUGGCUUAGGACAUCAGUAAUUAUAAAAUAAAGAGAGUAGGACUGGGGAACAAAACAGGAAAACCUGAAAAAAAGGGAGAAGUAAUGAGAGAGAAUUGCAAAAUAGAAAAAUAGAAAUCUCAAAAUAGAAAAAAAGAUACUAUGAAGCAAAAGAAUAUUAUUUGUUCUCAACUAAGAGAACAGAGAAAGCCUCUGAUGAUUGCUUUUUAGUGGAGAAUAUUCUCCAAGCUGUAUGUGAAUUCCAAGUUGUGUAUAAACCAUCUUAGAAAAAAGCAGUCUUGCAAGUAAGUCCAGAACAAAGAAAAUUUCCUUAACUCUUCUUUCUGAAUGAUCUAAGAAGGCAUAUGAAGAAAAUCAGUGCUUGAAGUAAAAAAGGAAUUUUGACUAUUUAGUUAAUCCAUAAUUCAAAUCAUUAUGAUUAUUAGGGAACUUAGUCUUUUGCCUUUGUAGAGUCCCCAAUACAUUUUCUGUUGUCUCUUUAAUUAGAACAUAGUUGGGUGACAAGGAUCUUUUUCCCAUUUCAAUAUGGUUUUUAUUCCUCAUCAAUGCAACCUUGAACAUUUGUGACAGCCAGAUGGAGAUAGCAACCCCCCAGUCCAGUUGGUGCCACCCCAAGGAAAGAUUAUCAAUUGUUACUGGUAUAGUUAAAAAAGGAGUUAUGGCUUCCCCCUCUAAGCUAUUAGAUUUCUGUGUUUAUAUUUAAACACUAUUUGUUAAGAGUGUUUUCUGUUCUCCAAGAGCGUGAAAGUGUAAUUUAACUUUCUGAGUGGAGGUUAAACUAAAGGGCUUUGCUGGAUUGCUAUCCACCUUGAAUUUGAACAUGACCCUUUUUGCUGCCAGUAGGUCCUGGCAGAAGAAACACUCAAAGCUGGUUCUAAAAGAAACCUACAGUUCUUUACUUUGAGUUUCAUAUGUUUUCCAUAUCAACUCCAGCUGAUUUAGAGACUUGAUGAAUCUAAAGGAGCUAUGUUAAGUGUCUGUGGAAAAAAUCUGCCAUGGAGAAUGGAGAAAAAAUAUGUGACUAAA